UGAACAGUAGGUUCAUGAGUCGGUGCGUUAUUCCAGCGAGGCUGGUAUCGUGUGGCUCGGUGCGGGCUGGGAGAGGAGAUAAGCCGCGUGGUGACGUCCAGCAGGAGGAGGAGACAGGAGGUGCCGCGGCAGCGAGGAGCAGCAGUCCAGCCUGUCAAACACAAGCAACACAGCCAUCAUGGCGGACUGGGACGCUGACAACUACGAGCCGGAGGAGCCGAUUAAAAAGGCGGCAGCGCUGGACAAAUGGGAAGGUGAAGACGAAGAUGAAGACGUUAAGGAUAACUGGGAUGAUGAGGAGGAGGAAGAGGUAAAGAAGGAAGAGCCUAAACCCAUUGAGUCAAAGGUUUCUGAAAAGAAAAGGUUGAUUGAGAAAAUUAAGGAGAAGGAAAAUCGUUUAAAGAAGAAACAGCAGGAGGAGAACGAAAAAGUCAGGCAAGAAAAUCAACAAGAGCUCACUCCGGAUGAACAACUUGCAGAGAAGUUGAGAGUGAAGAAACUACAGGAAGACGCAGACCUUGAGCUUGCAAAGGAUGCUUUUGGUGUUGGCAGCACAUCAAACAGUGUCUCUGGGAUUGACGCCAUGUUUCCGUCUUCCAAAGAAGAAUUCACAGAGUUUGAAAAGCUGCUGAAGGAAAAGAUAUCCCGGUUUGAAAAGUCGGUGCAUUAUUCCAGUUUCUUGGAUUCUUUGUUUCGGGAUCUCUGUAUUUCAUUGGAAGUAGAUGAUUUGAAAAAAGUCAGUAACUCCCUCUCUUUGCUACUUAGUGAAAAACAAAAACAAGAAAAACAGAACAAAGGAAAGAAAAAGAAGAAAGGUGUCGUACCUGGUGGCGGAUUGAAAGCACAGAUGAGGGAUGAGCUGGACUAUGCUGAGUUCGACGGUGGCUACGCCCAGGACUAUGAGGACUUCAUGUGACAGCGGCUCCCCCACCCCCAGUCUUCACCUUUCCAACCCCGAGCAGUGCAGCUGUACCUCAUCACGCUGUCCAGUGCCAUCCUGGAGAAUUCGAACUUUGUAGCCCCGUUCAUUGCGCUUCAACGACCAGAGGGACUAUUCCAGGGAGCAUAAAAUCUCUCCACCCUUUUUUGUUUAAAUUGAAUGAUAUUGCCUUUUUCAUUCUCGUUCAGACAUGAAAUUAACUCAAAGCUUUGAAGAAGGAAGGAGUGCGGUUUCUUGGUCAAAGGGUUCAUUUUAAUGAAGCGUUUCUCUGGAGAAAAUGACAGAUACAGUAUUGCAGUUGUAUUUGUAGUGACAGAAACAAAGGUUCUAUGCAAGAACACAAUGUCCUAUAUAUAUAUACAGAUACAUUUUAAAGCCUGUUUUUCUGUCACUUCAUUUUCUUGGCAUGUGUGCCAUGGUGUGACAUACAGAUGACGGACGACCUACACCACCCUGCCUGUGUGCAUUUUCCAUACAGGAGGCAAAGCCGAAAACAUUUGACGUUUCAUUUUACGGUGAAUGUUCAACAACUGAACUCCACAAAAAGUUUAACAGACAUUUACUUGAUACAUCUUUCGAGUGUCCUUGGGAAAAUAGAGCUUAAAGGCCUUCAGUUGCUUUACAAACUGCAAUCUAAUGUGAUAUUCUGUCGGACUUGGUCUUCAUCUAAACGUUGCUUCUGCUGGCUUGUAUCAAGUGUGAUGAGGAGCGGAGGUCCGCAGGCCUCACCCCACCAUAUCUUCAUAUGGGCUCAAAACUGAGGUUUACGUCUCCUAGUUUUCUAGCAGUCGACCAGAUUCGUCGCGACAUGGACAAUUGGAAAUGUACAGUGUUUGGAAAUACAGCAUCUGCAGUGUUUUUUAAGCAUCUAAUUUAAUAAAUCGCUGGUCAAAUGGG